AUAGCAAACAGUCUAACAGUCGUAAGAAAAGUAUUUUAGGAACAGCUUUGUACCAAAUUACAUGUUAAUCUUAAUCGCUGUAUUCCGAAAUAAUGCCGUUCAGUGUAGUGCAAACGCGUAAAUCAAAGAAAUCGAAGCCUACUCUAACAAUCGUACCCUCCAAAUGGACAUCUGGUGAUGAAGUAUACUGGCCGCCAACGAAUUUUGUCUCUUUGUCUGCAAAUGGCGAUUCUGAGCCUAUCAAAGAAGUAUGGCAGAAGCAAAAUUGCAAGAUUCUUGGUCGAGGGCAUUCAUACAAAUCUGCCGAAGAAUUGAUAAGAAGACUGGAGAACAUAACUGAUUCAGAAGAUGCUGCCCAGUGUAGUCUUGGUACCCGUGCCCAUCCGGGAAAAAAGAAGCAGAAAUUCCAAUCGAAAACGUAUCAAUUGGCUCCCCCAGAAGUUAAAUCAUCAGAGCGAACUCAAACUCACCAAAUCCAAUCCGUUCCGGCAGAAACUAUGGAACAAAUGAUACAACCGACAUGUUCCUACCGCCCAUCAACAGUGCACCAAGCUUCUACACCCACCGAAAACAAUCAAAGUAUCAGCGGCGUAUUUAAUACUGUUUUACCGAUGCCCACCAUUCCGGUACACACUGGAAUUCUGAACCGUCCUUCUGUUGAAGCCUAUCCGUCUGUUCCGGGAACAUCUUUGGCCGUACCAACAAGUAUGAUUGCACCAACCAAUUUUGGUAAUGUCCACGUACCUGGUCCGGGAUUGCAAAACACGGCAGAACGGCAUCUUAUCGAAGAAACAGCUGAUCAAUCAAAAGCAAUCACUAUCGUCGAAACAGCCGCACACGAAGAGCAAAUCCGUCCGAUAGAGAAUGAAAUCAACGUUUCUGACCCACUGCACAUCAUAGAAAUAAACGGAAAGCAGUACAUUCAGCUCCAAAAUGGAAUAUACACUGAAAUAUCAACAGUGCAAUCAAAUAUAACCACAUCGAUCGACGCUGGGGAGUCUGGCACGCCCGAUCAAACUAAGAAUGACCGUCAAAUAACAUUGAAUGACAUUGACGUACGCCUGACCCGUAUUGAAUUAUGUUUGCAAAAACUAACAUUGUUCAUGGCCGAUGUUACCAAAUUUAUGGAAGGAAGAACAAAUCCACCCACGUCAAUAAUGGCAGUGAAGAAGAAAAGGGAAGGUUUUGAGGAUGUUGACGCUUUAUUCCCUAUUAAUGAUGAAGAUAAACUGCAAGCGAUGGAAAUGAGUUUAAGCAAUCCGAAUUUCUUCGAAAGAUUGUCACAAUACGUUUCAGUGCAUUAUGCUUUAAAUGGGAAAAGAGACGGUAAGGCGUUCUUCAGAACUCUUAUUAGGAAAAUGAUCGCUCCUUGUACGUUGCUGCCGUAUUCUUGA